AUUGACCUUGACUACCACUGACUUUCACUGGACACUCUCUCACCAAGGGGUGGUAACAUAAUGUCUACACAGUCCACCUGGCCUUACUCCAGCCUCACCCAGGCACCCACCAACCUGAAGGAGGCCAUUGACUGGGUCCUGAGGGUUACUGGUAAGGAUGGUAGGAAGAAUGACAAGGCGGCGGCUUCGCCGCCCCAAUUCGGCUGCAUCUGUUUCCUCGCUAAGGCAGUGAAGGACCUACUGUACGACGCCAAGGACCCGGGGUCCCCUGGUCCCAGCCCUGACAGGUACUGGGACGACUUGCUCCUAGAGCAGGAGAAGACCAUAGUACAGCCAGUGCUCACGGACCUGGGACUCCUUAGUGGCAGCACUAGUGCUGCUAGGGAUACCUGCGCCGGUGGCACCGAGGUCGUAGGGACACUGAUAGACCAGUUGGCACAGGGACUACAGAAGUGGGUUGGGUGGCAGGAAAAAGGAGAUGAGUGUUGUUUGAAGGGAACAGAGGGUAUAGGAAAGAAGUGUGAAUGUACUGGUGGUGGUGCUGGCGGUUGUUGUACCGGUUCUAGUGGUACUUGUACCUGUGCCUCUGCGAACAAUUGCUAUAAAUCAGCCUAUUCUAGGGACUCAGCUCUAUGGACUACCAUAGUCAAUGGUACCACGGGUGGUGCCGGAGGAUCUGGAUCGGCUGGUAGUGCAGUGGGUGGUAAAGGUGGUAGUGGUGUAGCUGCUGCCACUGUAGACACCGUUAAAGCCGCCCAAGAGGUCCACCUCCUGGCCCGUAUUUUCCUAGGGUCAGUAUGUCUCAUCUGGAGUGGACUCAGUCAGUUGGGGUUCCUAACGGGAAAGGGGAGUAGUAGAUGGGAGAACAGUAGUUUGCACUCAUUAGAGUCUGGUGACAAGGCCGGACUUGGAUCAUUCAUGGCGGCCAUGGGCUACGACCUGGAGAGGUUGAAUCAGGGGAAGGGAGGAGGUAGUGGGAAGACGGGAUCAGAUGUAUGGAAUUUACUAUCGGGAACGGAUCCUAAUGGUAGCAAAGGCAUACAGUGGAACGAAUUCAAAAAAGAUCCUUCUCAGAAGAGUGUAGCUGAGUACUACAGCACUAUAUAUGGUAGUGCCAAUAAAGCAGAGAAGAAUAGCGAAAAACUCUGUAAGGACUAUCCCUUAUUGGUACUCCACAUCCUGGCCAGUGGGUACUUCCGGGCAGGCAGUGCCGGGGCGAAGGGAGUGACUACCCCGGCGAAGGCGGCCACUAGUGAUCCCAGGAAACCCAGGACCAUCCGUGAGAUCCUAUACUGGCUUAGUGCAUUGCCCUAUAGUCAGGGAUACAGAGAGCUGGUAGAGAGGAUGCAAGGGAAGAUGGAAGGGCAGGAGCAGUACAAGUUAGAAAGCACAGAACCUAAUAACGGUACCACCCUCCUUAGGGACAACAUUACCCACUACCUAAUGGCCGCCUGUGGCUACUGCCCACUGGUACUCAUCGGUAUCCAGGGGACCAUAGAAAGGGAAGUGGUGCAGGCAACGGCAUCAGGAGGGGUAGUCAUGUGGACUAAUGGUGUGGUAUGUCCGGGAGGAGCUGGUGCUGCUGCUCAGAGUACUAACAAGUGCCCCAAUCAUAGUAAGGACCCUACUCAUAAGAGAUGUACCCUUGAUGAUAAAGACAAGGCUGCAGAGGCAGCUGCACCGGCAGCAGGUUCCGCCGGAAAAGCCCUGGAGAAAGGUGAAGUCUGCUACGGCGGGUACCACCUGGAAGUAUCCCAGUUCGGCCCCCUCCAUGGGAUGUACGCCAAUGGGCUCUUUGGCUUCCAGAUGGACAUUAGUACCGCCCAGUGCCUGGACCAACUGAGGAUAUAUGUCCACCACUGCUUCUACCAGCUCUAUUUCCUGAGGAAGCAAUGCAGUACGGGAGUGGUGGGAGGAGCAAGUGGAUCGGGAGUAGCAGUUGGUUGGAGUAGUUGUAGGUAUGGUAGUGGAGUCUAUUGGGGCAGCGGUUAUAGCCAGAGUAACUUGUGGAGGUGUAAAACGGAAGGUGCCGGAGGUGCUGGAGAUGAACAUACCAAACAGUGUGGAUUACAGAGUGGUGCUGGUGGUAAAAAGCAUUCUCCUCUUAUGUGCUUCUUAUGUGACGGGUUACAUGGAAUGUGCUGUUUUAAAACAGUAGGAAGGGGCAACAUAGAUGAAUAUCCAUCUAUCGAGGAUCACAUGAAUAUGGAGAGCCCUAUUCAUCCAAAAGGUCAUUUAGACAAGCAACAUGGACACUGUCCCGUCCCAAUGGGAUGGAGCACUGAUGGGAGGAACACUACCGGUGAGACUCACUUCAAAGAUUUGACCAAGGGUACCCAUAAGACAGACAAGCUGGAGGACGGCAAAGGUAGUGCUAGUCCUGGAAAGUACCCCGCCCACUGCACUGGGAAUACCCUGUCACUACUCCUGGAGUACUACUGUGACCCCGAACAGUGCUCUAGUGGCACCCUAGUGGUACUACUGAGACUACUGGCGUGUAUUACUCCCACAGUGCCACGGACUCUGGGUGACCUCUUUGGGUUCUAUUACUAUAUAGUCUACAUUGGGGGAAAGAGUGGUGGUGGACAAGAGGGAGUGCAUCAGAAGUUGAAAGGAUUAGAGGGGGAUGUCAGACUGGGGAUGAAAGGUAUCGGUAACAAUGGUGAUGCAGUGGUCGAGGCACUAACCACGUGGAAUAACAGCGGAAUCUGCAGUGGCGGCAAGGAAGGUCACCUUAAGUGCCUAACAGAGUGUGAUACAGGUAGUGGUGCCAAAUACCUCUCUCCCCUUAGUGGCCAGCAGUAUGGCCAGUUGAGUCCAGCGAUGGCCGGGACCUACCUGUCAUGGUUGGUCUAUUUGAUAGGGGAGUUCAAGACAGGACUAGAGGGGUUGGAAGAGGCGUUUAGGGAGAUUAGUUGUAAGGUUGAUGGGUGUAAAAAUGGUGCGGCAGGAGCUGGUGGAUGUGGACCUGGAUGCACCAGUGGAACCCAUGGUGAUCCAUGUCCAUCUGGUGGCACUGGUGGUGGUAAUACCGGAGUAUGUAAAUGUCACUCAGUCGUAUCAUGUACCGGGGUACUACCGGUGUUGUACAAGUAUGGCUUUGGGUAUGGUAAUGUAACGGAGUUGCACAAAGGUGGUACAGAGAACAAGAAGUGCGAUGCAUUCCUGACUACCCUCAAGGGUGUCCUGGAGGGUGAUCACAUCAAGCAUGACGGCACCAAAGGAGGCCUCCACCACGAGAUCAAUAAGCUCAUCUACACCACCAGGCUCCCCUGGAUCUUUGUGCUGACCGUAGCCUGGCUAGUAGCGGUACUCUAUCUAGCCUUUGGAGCCAUAUGGCCACUGGACUGGACACAUAUGAGGUCGCAUUGUAGGGGAUUGUUCAGGAAGGGAAGUCUGAGUCCAUGGGAGGUACUGAUGGUGGGCAAGAAGAAGGGAAGAGGUAUAUUGGAGUUUUUUGGUAAGACAUAGUGGCAAAGUAGUGGCGCCUUCGGCGCGAUAACUAGGGAUAAUGUGGAUAU